AUGCUCUGGAACUGGAACACCAUGGACGCUUGCUUCAUCUCCUCAUCCUGGCACAUCACCUCCCCAAGCAUGUUCGCCGGCUCCUGCAUCGGAGUCAUCCUCCUCGUCAUCUGUCUAGAACUUCUCCGUCGAGUUGCCAGCGAAUACGACGCGUUCAUCAUCAACCGCGCCAGACUCAAAGCACAAUCUCUAGAUACUGAUCAACCCAACAUCACAGUCCCUAAUGACCUUUCCACAGACACACCUGUCAAAAGACCCAUCCCAUGGACGCAAUCAGGCUCACUUUCAGCUCUACCUCCUGUUCCGGAGUUAGUAGAGGAGGAUGAACCAAUACCUAUUGUGCCAGCUACUACAUCACAUAGUAGUAUACACCCCGAGAACCAGUCAAAAUUCAUAUUCAGACCCAGCAAGUUUGAGCAACUCAUCCGAGCCACAUUGCAUGUGUUGCAAUUUGCAGUGGCGUAUUUUGUGAUGCUGCUGGGGAUGUACUACAAUGGGUAUUUUGUGAUUUGUAUCUUUGUUGGGACGUUCGUGGGGUUUUUGCUCUUUUCGUGGGGGGAUCUUGGUACUAGGGAGUGAGUGAUUACCUUAUUAUUACUGGAUUGUGCUUAUGCUGUCUGCUGGUAUUGGUAGCUGACGAUGAGUGUGUAUGUAUGUAUGUUCAGGAUCAGGAACGACGCCACAUCCGUGACUAGAUGGUGCGGCUAGGUGGGUGGGUGUUGGAGCUUAGUUUGACGUGAUGCCUUUCUGGUGAUAUUGAGAUGUUGCGGUGGGUAUGUUGGAGAAGGGUGUGGUUUUUUUCAAAGUGUUUGAAGGGUGGAUAGGGUAGGAGAUGGUGUAUAUGUAUGUUGGAG